AUGUUAUAUAUAUUAUAUUGUUAUCUAUUAUUAUUAUUAUUAUUAUUAUUAUUAUUAUUAUUAUUAUUAUUAUUAUUAUUAUUAUUAUUAUUAUUAUUAAUUCCGCUCAAUUUUAAUUAUAUGUUACUUCCAGAGGAACCUGCAGAAGAUGCACCAACGCCUCUUACUGCAGCCGUGGCGCCAACAUCGUUCGUUGCAUCGGCUCAAGCUAUGGCGCCAGCUCAUUACAUGGAAUCAGCUCCUGUUGUAGCACCAGCGCCAGUUCUGGCAUCAGCUCCAGUUGUAGCUCCAGCUCCUAUGGUCGGGCCAGCUUCAGUUAUCGCUGCACCUCCACCUGUAGUGGCACCAGCACAUGUGAUAGCACAACCGACAGUCGUGGUGUCUGCUCCGAUUGUAGCUCCAGCUCCAAUUGUUGCUCCAGCUCCAGUAGUGACUCCAGAGUCAAUUGUAGCCCAAGCGCCAGUUCUAGCGCCAGCUCCAGUUGUUUCUUACGUCAUGUACACCCAUCAUCAUCCUCGAACCGAAGUACAUAACGUUGCACGGUCAUACACGAAAGAGACAGGACACGUUUCUGAUACAGCCAUGAUUUAUGGAGGUGGACACUUUCCAAGCACCUUCGAACACUUUCCGGAACAUUUCCACGAUCAUCUGCUUGCCGCUGCACCUUGGCGUUCACGCCUUCAUCGCAAAAAGCUCGCAUACAAAAAGGCAGCUCGUGCUCUUAAAUCUUUUGAGAAAAAGAAAAAUUAG